UAGUAAUGUAUUUUAAAUGAUAGAUUGAGAGUGCUCAAAAAAAAAUUAGAAACAAAAACACACAUUCUAAAAACUGGAAAAUCAUCAUAUAAAAGAACAUUUUUCUAUAAAAACCAAUUUACCCAGAAAACAAGUAAGAAGGUUUUCUUCGUGUCUGGGAUCUUAGAGGCUUGGCCUAUCUUCUCAUCUUGAAACCCAGAAACGGGGCUGGGACUAAUGGGUAUUGUUUCUCCUCAAACUGAGUUGUAUUGGCUGUGAAAAUCAUCGACCCCAGAAGCAGCCCAAAGCCCUUGAAUGAACUCGUCCUUCAUCUCAUCAGGGACAAAAGGCGUUCUACCAACGACCAAGAUUGGGGCCAACUGAGCUUAGUUGAGCUGAGUGAAGUAAACUGUGUAUGAGAAUUGAAAAGAAGAAGAAGAAUAUAGUGUGUUGAGUGGCCUUGUAAUUGUAAAUAGUUCAUGAAAACGAAUAGAACAAUGUUCCAAUGCUUAAACCAGAAAGCAUCGCCUCACUUUUGCACCGUUGCUCCAUUGUUAAGCUACUACGAGGUGGUCUUUCUCUCCAUGCUGCUGUAUUUAAGACGGGUUUGGAGUCUGAUGUUUUCAUCUCUAAUAAUGUUCUAAAUAUGUAUGCAAAGUGUGGUGACAUUUCCUCUGCACGCCAACUGUUCGACGAAAUGUCCCAUAAAAACAUUGUUUCUUGGUCAGCGUUAAUCUCUGGCUAUGAGCAAGCUGGGGAGUGUCUGCUGGCACUUCACCUGUUUUCUGAGAUUGGGUUUUCUCCUAACGAAUAUGUAUAUUCCAGUGCCAUCAGUGCUUGUGCCAAACUCAUGUCAUUAUCACAGGGUCAACUAAUUCAUGCUCAAGCUCUCAAAGUUGGCUAUGCAUCUGUUUCAUUUGUUUCUAAUUCACUUAUCUCAAUGUACAUGAGAUGUUGUAGCUUUAAUGAUGCAUUGUUAGUCCAUGAAUGUGCACCGGAUCCAAAUUUGGUGUCUUACAAUGCUUUAAUAAAUGGAUUUCUGAAAAACGAACAACCUGGAAAAGGGUUCGAAGUGUUCAGAUUAAUUCAACAACGAGGUAUUGUUCCAGAUAGUUUUUCUUUCACAGGAGCAUUGGAGAUUUGUGUAGUGUUGGACAGUUUACAGGCGGGAAUCUCGUUGCACUGUCAAACAAUUAAGCUUAAUCUCGACUCCAACAAUCUCGUUGGGAACGUGAUUGUCGCAACUUACUCAAGGUUCAAUCUGGUAGAAGAAGCUGAGAAGGUCUUUAGAGUAAUAGAAGAGAAGGAUGUGGUUUCAUGGAACACACUUCUCAUUGCAUGUGUUCAUUGUGCUGAUCAUGCUAAAGGGUUAAGAGUUUUCAAACAGAUGAAUGGUUUAAGGCCGGAUAACUUCACUUUCACGAGUCUCCUUGCAGCGUGUGCUGGGCUUGCUUCAAUUAAACAUGGGAAGCAAAUUCAUGCUCACUUAACAAGGACAAGGCCGUAUCAAGAUGUUGGAGUUGGAAAUGCCUUAGUUAGUAUGUACGCUAAAUGUGGUUCCAUCGAGUAUGCGUACAAAGUAUUUGAAAGGAUGGCCAGUCAUAAUCUUCUUUCAUGGAAUACUGUAAUUGUCGGGUUUGCGAUUCACGGGCUUGGACAAAGAGCUGUAGAAGUCUUUGAGCAAAUGAAAAAAAUUGGUGAAAAACCAGACUCUGUAACAUUUGUUGGACUUUUAAUGGCUUGCAGCCAUGGAGGACUGGUGGAUUUGGGAAUAUCAAUCUUUAAAACUAUGGAGGGGACUUAUGGGAUUAAACCUGAUGUAGAACAUUUCUCAUGCCAAAUUGAUAUGUUGGGACGAGCGGGGAGAUUGGUCGAGGCAGAAGAGUAUGUGAGAAAAUCUCCCUUCAAGCAUGAUCAAGUUGUUCUAGGAAGCUUACUUUCAGCUUGUCGGCUACAUGGCGAUGUUGCUGUUGGAGAAUAUGUAGCGAGACACCUCCUAAAUCUCGAGUCUGUUAGUACAUCGUGUUAUGUUUUAUUAUCAACCUUGUAUGCUUCGGAUGAGAUGUGGGGUGAUUUUGCAAAGGUGAAAAAGCUAUUGAAUCGUAGUGGAUUGAAGAAGGAACCUGGUCAUAGUCUGGUAGAGGUGAAUGGAAGUUUUGAAAAAUUUACAGUAGGGAAUUUUUCUCAUUCAAAGAUUGAAGAGAUAAAGAUCACACUCGGAAGUUUAUGUUGUCCAGUAGGUGAAGUUUUUCUAGAUGUCACUUAGCAUGGCUGUGGAUUCUAUCACUGUAACUGUAAAAAGAAAAAUUUUAGUAUUCAUCAAAUUCAAUCUACACUAUUUUACUCAUAGUACAUUCGAUCUACACUAAGUACGAAUUUCAUAUUUUGAAUCCAAUUCAAU